GCUCCAGUGUACCAUACUCCUCCCCCCUCCAUCUCCAUCUCCAUCUCCAUAGAGAUCAGAGAGGAGGAGAAAACUUUGGCAAUCCAAGAGGGAGGAGGCCAUAGAUUUCUCCCUGUUUCAGCCCAUGCCAUGCUUGCGUACGUUAGCCUAGCUAGCUCCGAGGAGAGAGAAGGGAGGUAGCGGCAGUUAAGGAAGGCAGGCAGGCGCAGCAAUGGUGGAGGCCUGAUUGCUGAAUCCCAGAACUUCCCUGUAGCUCCGCUCAGUUCCUCCUGGCUCCUGAGCUGUAUCUACGUUUACUGCUUCUGCUUCGCCAGGACCAGACUCCAGAGAGAUUACUGCUCCUACCACGCCCUGCCCUGCCCUCUCUUCUCUCUUCUCUCUUCUUCCUUCCUUAGCCUACGCGCGAGGCUACCUAUAUAGAACCGCCUAGCGGUAGACCUCGGUCGUAGCACCGCUUACUUACUGGAGCAACCAGCCUUCUAUUCCUUCGCCGGAUUGCACGCGCUCGAACCAAACGACAGCCGAGGUCGAGGCCGGCGCCGAUCGGGGCCAUGGAAUUCGGCGACGACCUCAUGCCGGGCUCCGACGCCCACCGCCGGAAGAAGCGCUACCACCGCCACACACCGCGCCAGAUUCAGCAGCUCGAGGCGAUGUUCAAGGAGUGCCCCCACCCGGACGAGAACCAGAGGAUGCACCUCAGCCGGGAGCUGUCCCUGGAGCCCAGGCAGAUCAAGUUCUGGUUCCAGAACCGCAGGACGCAGAUGAAGGCGCAGCACGAGCGCGCCGACAACUGCUUCCUCCGCGCCGAGAACGACAAGAUCCGCUGCGAGAACAUCGCCAUGCGCGAGGCACUCAAGAACGUCAUCUGCCCCACAUGCGGCGGACCGCACUCCGGCGCCGACGACUACUUCGACGAGCACAAGCUGCGCAUGGAGAACGCGCACCUCAAGGAAGAGCUUGACCGGGUGUCCAGCCUGACGUCCAAGUACCUGGGGCGGCCCAUCACGCAGAUGCCGUCCAUGCACCAGCCGCUGUCCAUGUCCUCGCUCGAGCUCUCUGUCGGCGGGCUCGGCAGCCCGGUGUCGGCGCUCGGCCCGUCGCUAGACCUGGACCCGUUCAGCGGCGGCGGCGGCUCGUCGUCGUUUCAGCUCCCGGCGCCCGUGUCCGAGAUGGAGCGGCCGAUGAUGGCCGAGAUGGCCACGCGGGCCAUGGACGAGCUCAUCAGGCUCGCGCAGGCCGGCGAGCACCUCUGGGCCAAGGCGGCCGGCGGACGGGAGGUGCUCAACGUCGACACCUACGACAGCGUCUUCGCCAAGCCCGGGAGCAGCGCGUUCCGCGGGCCCGACGUGCACGUCGAGGGCUCCCGCGACUCCUGCCUCGUCCUCUCCAGCGCCGUCGGCCUCGUCGACGUCUUCAUGGACUCGAGCAAGUGGACGGAGUUCUUCCCUACCAUCGUGUCCACGGCGCGCACGGUGGACGUCCUCGUGAACGGCAUGGCUGGCCGGAGCGAGUCGCUGGUGCUGAUGUACGAGGAGCUGCACGUGAUGACGCCGGUGGUGCCGACGCGCGAGCUCUGCUUCCUCCGCUACUGCCGGCAGAUCGAGCAGGGCCUGUGGGCGAUCGCCGACGUGUCCGUGGACCUGCAACGUGACACACGCUACGGAGCGCCCCCGCCCCGCUCCCGCCGUCUCCCUUCCGGCUGCCUCAUCGCAGACAUGUCGAACGGAUACUCCAAGGUGACCUGGGUCGAACACGUGGAGACGGAGGACAAGGUGCCCAUCAACAUGCUCUACCGUGACCUUGUGGCUAGCGGGGCGGCAUUCGGGGCGCACCGGUGGCUGGCCGCACUGCAGCGCGCCUGCGAGCGGCACGCGUGCCUCGUGGCGCCGCCGCUCGGCCGGGAUAUGGCCGUGGCAGGGGUGACGGCUGAGGGCAGGAGGAGCAUGAUGAGGCUGUCGCAGCGGAUGGUGGUCAGCUUCUGCGCGAGCCUGAGCGCGUCGCAGCUGCACCGGUGGACGACGCUGUCGGGCCCGGGCGCCGGGUCGGACGACGCGGCGGGCGUGCGCGUCAUGGUGCACCGCAGCACGGACCCCGGGCAGCCCAGCGGCGUGGUGCUCAGCGCCGCCACCUCCAUCUGGCUCCCCGUCUCCUGCGAGCGUGUGUUCGCAUUCGUGCGCGACGAGAACACGCGCUCCCAGUGGGACGUGCUGUCGCACGGCAACCCUGUGCAGGAGGUGUCGCGCAUCUCCAACGGCUCCCACCCCGGCAACUCCAUCUCCUUGCUCAGAGGCCUGAACGCGAGCCAGAACAGCAUGCUGAUCCUGCAGGAGAGCUGCGCGGACGCGACGGGUUCGCUGGUGGUGUACGCGCCGAUCGACCUGCCGGCGGCGAACGUGGUGAUGAGCGGCGAGGACCCGUCGGCGAUCCCGCUGCUGCCUUCGGGGUUCACCAUCGUGCCCGACGGGCGCGGGUCGGCGGGGUCGGUGGUGACGGUGGCGUUCCAGAUCCUUGUGAGCAGCCUGCCGUCGUCGCGGCUGAACGCGGAGUCGGUGGCGACUGUGAACAGCCUGAUCAGCACCACCGUGGAGCAGAUCAAGGCGGCCUUGAAUUGCGGCAGCGGCCAUUGAUGGCGCCCGGCCCGCCCUCCGUCAGCGGGGAGCGAUCAAUUCGAUUCCCCUCCUCCACAUUCAUUCACUCGUCCAUUCAUGGCGACCGGCCCGAGUAUUUUUGGUUGGUUGGAACCUUGAAUGCUGGUGCAUGCAUUCAUGGAGGAGUGUCGCUGGGUUGGGGUUCAUCUGCUGCCGCCGCCGCUGUCACCGCGCCGUCCGGUCGACGGAUCCAUCGGCCGGCGCCCACGCAUGCAGGCAGCCUACCAUACCUGCCAGAUCCACCGUCUUCUUCCUCCUCGUUUAGGUGUACGUAUACUACGUCUAUGAUGAUCACUUCAUUUGCAGGGUCGUCACGUUCGGAUCGAGUUUUCUUUGCAUGCAAUAUGCACGUGUCUCGAAGUGGAGGCUUUGCAUGAACCCGAAGGAGUCAAGAACGCACCAUGCUUGUCCCGUUUCCUCUCGCUGCUGCCACUUUCUUCAUUUUCUUCUCCUGCUUUUGUUCCUCCUCCAUCAACCAUGGCAGUACUCCACUAGCUUCUUGUACUAGUUGCAGCAGAGGAUGAAUGGUUCGGGUAUUGACUUCUGUCCAUCAAUGUAAUAGCCUUCACUUUGUUAAUGAAACAUUCAAUUUCCUUCA